GACACUUUCAGAGACAGUGAACAGUUGCAGAGAGCAGCUCCGAUGGAAGCUGCAGACAGCAAGCACACGUAACUUCGGAAGAUUCUGAAACCCAACGAGAAUACACUCUUCCCGCUCUCAGCAGAAGGUCUGGGGGAGAGGAGGUGUCGAAAUCAACCUCGAUCGCCAUUAUUAUGAGCUCCUUGAGGAAGCUCUUCGGGUCCAAGACCGCACUUGUGCUUCUCACCGCCACCGGAGCUCUCACCCUCCAUGCCCAUGCUCCUCAUUCCCUUCAGCUUCCUUCGGAUUUCAAGGUCGCCCACUCGGGCAGUGGGAGUGUCGAGGCUGUUGUGGACGCCGUCGUCCGUUCCUCUCGCGCCAUCUCUACGGUUGCUGUCACCCUUGUGGACUACAAGUACUCUCUGCAUGGCCUGCCAAAGGGCUCUGACGAGUACCGCCACGAACUGUCCGAGGUGCACAUGCGUUCUGCAAGGAGACUUUUAAGAUUAUGUGAAGCCAAUAAAGGCUUCUACAUAAAGGCCGGUCAAUUUGUUGCUGCCCUGGGGCAAGCUCCCAAGGAAUAUGUAUCUACUCUUUCCUCUCUGCAGGAUAAGGCAGUUCCUUGUGAUUAUGUGGCAAUAAGAGAAGUCCUUGUGAGCAAUUUUGGACAGGACUUGUCGGAAAUAUUUCAUUCAUUCGGCGAACAACCAAUAGCUGCUGCAUCUAUUGCCCAGGUUCACCGUGCAACGUUGAAGGAUCAUCAAGAAGUAGCAGUUAAGGUGCAAUAUCCUGGAUUAGAGCGCCAGAGGAAACUAGAUAUGAUGACCAUGCAUGUUCUCUCUCACUGUGUUACAUGGCUUUUUCCUGAGUACAGAUUUGUUUCACUGGUAUUAGAAUUUUCAAAAGCUGUUUCCAUGGAACUUGAUUUUAUUCAGGAGGCCAGAAAUUCAGAGAGAACUGCUAAGAAUAUCAGCAAAGAUGUAAUCACAGUCCCCAAAGUAUUCUGGGAGCUGACAACAAAGCAAGUUCUGACAAUGCAAUUUUGCAAAGGACAAAGGGUUGAUGAUGUGGAUUUUUUGAGGAAGAUGGGAAUUGAUCCUACAAAGGUUGCAAAAGCAUUAGUAGAAGUCUUUGCUGAAAUGAUACUUGUUCAUGGGUUUGUGCAUGGAGAUCCACAUCCCGGUAACAUAUUAGUUUCUCCAACAGAUAGAGGUGGCUUCACGAUAGUUCUUCUAGAUCAUGGGAUCUAUAAGCAACUGGAUGAUGAGUUCAGACGGAACUAUUGUCAGCUAUGGAAAGCUUUGAUUCUUCAGGACUCGGAGAAAAUACAGCAGCUGGGUGAACAAUUCGGUGUUGGCGAGUAUUCUCGAUAUUUUCCUGUCAUCUUUACUGGAAGAACCGUUGACAGUAAAUCUGCUCUUGGGAAGGGAAUGACUGUUAAAGAGAGAAAGGAAUUGAAGAAAGAGCUCAAAACUUUGAGGAUGGAGGAUAUCUCUUCGUUUCUGGAGUCCCUGUCACCAGACUUCCUCAUGAUUCUGCGAGUAGAUGGACUGUUAAGGUCUAUCAAUCGCAAGUUGGGCGCUCCGCAACGAGUGAGGCUGCUAACUUAUGCAAAAUUUGCUCUAUAUGGCCUCUCCACAAGACCCAACAGAGACCAUGAAUCUCAAACUGGGGUGUCGGUGCUUUUCUCCACUCUCAACAGGAGCAUCGCUUACUUUCGAUUGAGGCUUGUUCUUGGUUUAAUGAUCUUACGACCUGCAGAGGUACUCGAGCUGCUCUCUUGGAUAAAAAGGCUCAGGCAAUCAUCUAUACUAUGGUUGAAAUAUUUUUUUGCAUCCAUUCAGCAUUCCUUGUAAUUAGAUCAUUUUUUUGCUCAUGUCAACCAAAAGCCAGGGAUUCUCUACCCAUUGUUAACUGUAUAACCACGAAGUUCUUGGUUUGAUUUCGAUGUCGUGUUAAAAGUUAAUGGCUGCUGUUUGGUGAAAA